AUGAAGCGGGAGGGACCUGCUGCAGGCUCUUCUCCUUCUAAACGGCUACGGCAAAGUUUGAGCGGGGCGGGGGCGUCGAGUUUCACGACGCUAUCUGCGCCAUUCAAAUUGGCAAAGACUACUCUCUCGUUCUGUCACGCCAAAGAUGUACGCACGCCGGAUGCCCGUCGAACACUGGGUCAGGUAUUACGCGCUCCACGCGAGUAUGACGGCACUGGGGGGAAAUCCACGUUGAGUUCGGGCGUGCUUGAGGGUCUGGGAGAGAAGCGACUAGCCCUCGCUUUCCAGCGUCCCUUUGGCGGAGUCAAUCCCCUCGAUGCGCUACGCAAGGCUAAAGAGUAUAAGAGUGAACAUGGACAACCUGAAUCUGGCGAAGACGGCUGCGCAGCUGGGUCUGAGCCUCGACAAGAUGAAGAUCCUGUACCACGGGAGACUGAAAAACGGAUUCGAAGUGAUUUUGCGAACUUUCCGAUCCUGAGAUGGGCUCUUAUGUGGCGGGAUAUCUUCUUGAACGAGGUCAUAAGGUUAGAUGGGCGUGCGGAUGCGCUGGGACUGGCACGCUGUCCUGGAUGCGAUAAAGAGGGAUUCCCCGAAUACCGAUGCAAAGACUGCCAAGGAGCCAAUCUAUGUGCAGCCUGCAUGAAGCACUGGCAUAGAUACAACCCGCUACAUAACAUCGAGCGAUAUAACGGGUCCUUCUACGAGAAGAUACGCGAGGCAGAUUUGGGCGUGCGCAUUCAACUCAUGCAUCCGCCCGGCGAGAGUUGCAGCUUUCGCGCCGUACAUCAGAUCAAAGACUUCACGAUUAUACACACUAAUGGCAUCCAUCAAGUACCGGUGGACUUCUGCGGCUGCGACAAGGGCGCCGACAUUCCCUACCACAUUCAGCUCCUGCGCUCUAGACUUUGGCCCGCGACUUGCGUCAAUCCGCAGACCGCGACCACACACGAGGCCUUGGAUCAGUUCACUCGCAUCUCGCUACUUGGCCGCCUGAACGUCUAUGACUACUACAGAUCUCUUAGAACUGCGACGGAUGGCGCACGGCUUUGCGAGAUUGCGGACGUGCGCAAACAGCUUACCACAUGCGUCCGCCAAUUUCGGCAUGUACUCAUGUUUAAGCGCGCCGGUCGUGGGCAUGAACCGGGUGGAAUUGCGGCGACACCCCUGGGAGCAUGCGCGAUACGCUGUCCUGCAUGUCCCAACUUCGACCUGAAUGUACCAUUGGACUGGGCUUUAAGUCCCUUUCGGUGGCUUUACAGAGUAAUUCUGUCUCUGGACGCCAACUUUCGCCUGAACAAUAAACUUACUGACUCCAAAGACCGCACCGACCCGAACCUCACUGAUGGGUGCGCCUACAUGGCUCCCAGAUUGCAGUACGAUGCCUACAUCCUGAAGACCGAGGGUGCUCCUGAACCAGAGCCACCUUGCGACUGCUCCCGGUUUGGUGCUUUGGUGAUGGCGAAUAUCAAAGGAGGAAAGGGUAUGCGGACCACGGGUGUGGGCGGAUGCUUCUGUUCUCGCCAUGAAUUUGUUCAACCACUGGGCCUGGCUACACUCAAGAAGGGUGAACGUUAUAGCACUAUGGACUGGGUCUUCUGCGGCGCCCUGUCGUUUUUACGCUGCGCAGAAAUCACGGUUUGCUACGACAUUGCCUGUCAAUGGAGCAAGCGGCUCUACGGUCGUAUGAACAAGAUCGCGCCAGACUGUCUGAUAUUUUCAGGGGCUACGGAGUUCUUGAAGCAUCACGUCGGUGGGACGAUCACCUACGUUGUUCCCAAGUUCCACUUAUACGCCCACAAAGUGUUUUGCCAACUACGAUACGCCCUAGGAUUACUCUUCGGUACGGGAGAGACUGACGGCGAAGGCUGUGAACGUGUUUGGUCUGGUGCCAACCCCGCCGCCUCCAGUUUACGCGAGAUGGGGCCGGGAGGGAUGAGUGACACCAUGGACGACAUGUGUAACUCAUGGAACUGGAGGAAGACGUGUGGGCUAGCUAAUCUUCUUUGCGAACGCAUGGUGCGGGCGCUGAGUAACGGCGCCGAGCAGACGGCGAUCUUCACCGAAUUCACUGCAGCUAUCGAGGCAGACGACCCUGCGAAAGUGGCCCAAGCACGAGCGGCGAUUAGGACCUGGGAGCAAGAUCCUGUGAAGAAGGAGCGCACGCCGUGUCCCUAUUAUAUCGAGAAGCAAGAACUCUCGGUAGCUCAGAUCAAGCGGCAAGCGGAUCAAGCGCAGGGAUUGUCUCCUGCUGCUGUUGAUGCUAUGCCAGAUGUCGAGAAGGCGGCUACUUUGACCGACUUUAUGCUUCUCGGGUUCAAGAUAGAGGAAGACAGGGCGUCUUUUCCCCUUAAACAUAAGACAACUGGUGGGACUACCAAGCAGGCUUCUGACAGAAGCAAUGCGCUGAACAGGAUACUCGCGUCCAUACGUGCUUUUCGGAAGGGGCAAGAACACUAUAUGGAGGACGUCUACGCUGCCCUCACCUGGGAUGAGCGUUAUCCCGCCCGUGAUACAGCCCUGACCGUCCCGUUAUACUUGCCGUCGAACCCUCCUGGACAAGACGAAAGUCUGGUAUCACCCACAACGCGCACGAUGGAGGUCAAGGUUAGAUGGGCGGAAAUGGCGGAUGAGCUUAGCGGCUUACGCGACCAGCUGCGCCUGAAGGGAUGUCUCAACAAGUUCAAGCUAGCGAACAUCACCGGACAACGCAGCAACACGCGUGCUCGUGAAGCCCAGGACAUCGUGAUCAGGAACGUUGUCGCGCGCGGAGCGUAG